AUGGUGCAGCCGCGUAUGGUAAGCCAACCCCCCACCAAGCUCAAGCGACAAACCCCGCCAAAGCCCACUCGAGCUAACCGGAAAACCAACGCGCAGCUCACAAAGGCGGACGAGACAACAGCCAAUGACGAGAAUGAAGUCCGCCGCGAGGAUCAGGAGAAGAUUAACCGGUUCAGUCGAUUGCAUCAGCGCGAGACUUUGCUUGAGGAGCAGUUGAAGGGGAAGCAGAAGGAUAAGGAGGAUUUGGAAGAGGUUUCGAUGGAGUUGGAGCUUGCUGAUGAAGAUGAGCUUGUGCCUUACAAAAUCGGCGACUCAUUCUUCCAACUACCGCUAUCAGAUGCACAGGGAAUGCUAUCCACAUCAACAGAGAAGAUCGACGCAGAUGUCUCCAAGCUGGAGGACUCACUUGGUGAGCUGCGCGAGGAAAUGCAGCAGCUGAAGGUUGCGCUGUAUGCGCGGUUUGGUCGCAGCAUUAACCUGGAGACUUGA